AUGACGUCCCUACAAGUCUGGAGCGACGUAAUUGUCGACCGAUGGCCCAUAAUCUCCACAGUGGCUUUGGCCGCCGUGAUAGCGGCCUUUCUACCAAGCACUUUGAGGCUCAUUCGCAUGUUUACCUUUCCUACAGUCGGUACUGAACUUGGAGGUGCCGAAAAGCGUAGAAAAGCCUAUCUGGCUGGGGCCAGGAAACUGUACAAUGACGGCUACCGCAAAUUCAAAGAACAGGCUUUCAAAAUCACCACAUCGCGGACAUCGACAGUUCUUGUACUACCACCCAAGUACUUGCCAGAGCUCAAGAAAAUUCCUGAUAGCAUUGUCAGCAUGGAAGCCGCCGUGGAUGAACAUAUGGAGUCCAAAUACACCAGAAUUGAGACGGUUGUGCCCAUUGUACCCCACACCAUCAAGGCAGAUCUCACGCCUGGUCUGGUGCGCCUGAACCCGGUCUUAUCCAAAGAAGUACAAGAGGUCAUUGACCUCGAAAUGCCCGAUUGCUCUGAUUGGACUUCUCUCAAUAUUCAUCAUAAACUCUUACGCAUCGUCGGUAUGGUGUCUGGCAGAAUCUUUAUUGGUCCUGAACUGGGUCGCAAGGAAGAAUAUCUCGAUGCUGCCAUCAACUAUACCAUUGAAGCCAUGGAAGUACAACGUGCGGUCCAGAGCAUGCGACCCUGGCUACGCCCGUUCCUCGCAAACCGGCUACCCGCGGCCAAGAAGUUGGAUCAGCGCAUCAAGGCCGCCGAGGACUUCAUGAUGCCUGUAGUCAAGAAGAGGAUGGAAUUGGCAAAUUCGCCCGAUAAGCCCGACGAUAUGCUGCAAUGGUUGAUCAGCUCACUUGGAAAGUUUCCCGACAGGGCCAGCCAGAACCUUGCACGUGUUCAACUCGGCAUCAGCUUUGCCGCCAUUCAUACGACUGUUCUCACUGCCACCAAUGUAUUCUAUAGUAUUGCCGCUUUACCCGACUUCGUUCCAGAGCUCAGGGAGGAGAUUAAUCAGGCUCUGGCCGAGAAUGAUGGUGUGUUCACGAGCAAUGCAUUGCAGUCAAUGAAAAAGCUUGAUAGUUUCCUAAAGGAGACACUGCGAUUUUGCCCUGCAUCAAUGGCGUCAUUCCAACGUAAAGUACUACAAACCUUCUCACUCAGUGACGGUCACGUCAUCCCUGCCGGAAUCACCAUCGAAGUCCCCGCCGUCGCUGUCAGCUUUGACCCAGAACUAUUUCCGCAGCCCGAGAAGUUUGAUCCUCUGCGGUUCUACAAGCUACGACAACAGGCUCGUGACGGUGGUGGCUCUGGCGAAAGCGCAGCCCUCAACCAGUUCGUGAGUGUCAGCCAAAACAGCUUGACGUUUGGCUACGGACGCCAUGCUUGUCCUGGACGAUUCUUUGCAGCCAAUGAGCUCAAAAUGAUUCUCUCCAACAUGCUGUUGAAGUAUGACAUCAAAUUGGCCAAUGGUGCUACUGAACGAUACCCAAACAUGGAGUUUGCUCAUAUGUCCAUUCCCGACCCGGCCAAGGAGCUGAUGUUUAAAAGGCGUUGA